AAGAUGGCAGCCUCCUUAUGGCUGAGCAACUGCAGCAGAGGAGCUGUAAACCUUUUGCUAGGCAGGCAUUUAGCGCGGGGGCCUCUUGGCUCUCUCUCCCAUGUGGGAGGCUGGAGGUUUCUGCAUAGGACUCAGGAUUUGUUGGGUACCCCAGCUGUUAAAAUCCUUAUGCCUGCCCUAUCACCUACAAUGGAAGAAGGAAAUAUAGUGAAAUGGCUGAAAAAGGAAGGAGAAACAGUGAAUGUUGGAGAUGCGUUGUGUGAAAUUGAAACAGAUAAAGCAGUGGUCACUAUGGAAUCCAGUGAUGACGGCAUAUUAGCUAAAAUAAUGAAGGAGGAAGGAAGUAAAAAUGUGCGUUUGGGUGCACUAAUUGGCUUGCUGGUGGAUGAAGGAAAAGACUGGAAGCAAGUUGAAAUACCAAGUGACACAGAUGAUGCACCUUCCUUGGCUAUGCCAGCAGCAGCAGCAACCACUCCUGUUACAACUCCUACAGCUUCUGUUUCAUCGCUGCGUACAGUAGAACACCAUCCUGGAAAACUGCCGUUUCGCUUAAGUCCUGCUGCCCGCAACAUUCUGGAGACCCACGGACUGGAUGCAAGUCAGUUCGCGCCCUCAGGUCCUCGAGGAAUUUUCACGAAAGAGGAUGCCCUCAAACUUUUAGAACAGCGGAAGAAAGGAAAGCCUAUGGAAGCUAAGCCAGUGGUUUCUUCACCUCAGCAACAAGCCGGCGUACCUUUAGCCUCCUCCGCACUAGCAAGCACGCCUGUUCCUGCUUCACGUCCUCCAGUUCCACCUGCUUCUGUGCCAGGACGGCCUGCUUCCGUGGGCACAUUCACUGAAGUCCCUGCUAGCAACAUUAGAAGAGUUAUUGCUACGAGGCUAACAGAAUCCAAAACUACUGUGCCACAUGCAUAUGCAAGUGCUGAUUGUGACCUUGGUGCUAUUCUGAAGCUAAGGCAAGAACUUGCAAAAGAUGAUAUUAAAGUAUCAGUAAAUGACUUUAUUAUCAAGGCAACAGCAGUUACCCUCAAACAAAUGCCAGAUGUGAAUGUGACUUGGGAUGGAGAGGGCCCCCGGCAGCUGCAAUCUAUAGACAUUUCUAUUGCUGUGGCAACAGACCGAGGCCUCAUUACACCAAUCAUAAAAGAUGCUGCAGCCAAGGGAGUUCAGGAAAUUGCUGCUUCUGCAAAGGUGCUCGCAAAGAAAGCCAGAGAUGGGAAGCUGCAACCACAAGAAUAUCAAGGAGGAUCGUUUAGCAUUUCAAAUCUAGGCAUGUUUGGCAUCAGUAGCUUCAUUGCAGUCAUAAACCCUCCUCAAGCCUGUAUCUUAGCUGUGGGGCGAGCUCGGCCAGAACUCGCAGUUGUAGUGGACGACGAAGGGAAUGAGAAACUUCAGCAACACCAGCUCAUGACGAUAACACUGUCCAGCGAUGGCCGAGUGGUAGACGAUGAACUAGCUUCAAAAUUUCUAGAACGCCUUAAAGCUAACUUGGAGAACCCAGCCCGUCUUUCCUUGUGUUAAAAUGGUCAAGAUUUGGUCCUCAUCUUGGCAAAAUAUGGAAAUUGAACUACAAAAGGAUAUAAAUGAAAGCCAGGCAAAAACGAUAGGAGGAUACGUGUAGUGUGAGAUGGACAAUUAAACUGUUUAUUUAUUUGAAUUAACUUGAAAGACUUCUAGCAAUUUCCACCUCUUGGCUUUUAUAUGCUGAAAUACUGUUAAACAUAUUGAAUCUAUACAACUGCUUUGGAGCAAUUGCACAAUGUGUUCUUAAUAUAUAAGGUGGCUAUAUCAGAUGUGGGUAUCUUGGAUAACCCUGAAUGGAUAUGUCUGUGUGAAAAGUAGUAAAAGGGAACAAAACCAUCCUUUCCUUCAGGGCUAAACUUUUUUUCAGAGGAAGGCAAAUGUCUUUUAAGUCUAGCCAGCCUUAGAAGUCGGCAUGCAAUUAGUCUUUGUCAAUGCUGCUGCUGCUUAAUAGAGAAACAGGGUGUUCCAAUUAGAACUAGAAUCAACUAUGAGAACCUGAGACCUUUGCUAGGAAUUCUUUGUGAUGAGUCUCAGCAUACCACAAUGGCUUUAACAACAUUACAAUACUUUAGAGAUGUAAAAAGUGUAAUGGGCCAAGACUAAAUAAUAUACAAAUAUAAGUGGAAGGGGAAAUUUUAUAAAUAUAUUCAAUAACAAUUUAAUGCCUUGUGCUGACUUGAAAAUGCACAUAGUAUUAAAAGCAAGCAAAACAUUUCAACCUGCUUCUAUUGUUGUGUUAUACAUGUUGUCUAUCUGCAAUUUCUCAUUCAUGUUUAUUAUUCUGACCUUUUGACUACAACCCUGCUCACAAUUAGGCCUGCAUCAAUCUCUUUGAAGACUCGGUAGAUAUUUUACGAGUAAGAUUCCACGUUAUAUUGCUUAGUCUAGCCAAAUUUUCAAAAACACGUUCUUACAGACGUUGGUGCCUUUAAAAAUGAAAUCUAUGGUGCAUGCAACAGGGCUGGUGAAAGUGGACUUUCCCUCCCCCUCUUUCAUUGCGGUAGCCCCUCCAGGCUCCCACCCCAACGCUACGCAGUGGGUUGGGGACCUUGCUGAAUGGGGGGGGGGGCUCUGCUGGAGGGUGCCGUGGAGUGCAGGGAGCAGAAGUCCACUUCUGCCAGCCCCAUUGCAUGUACCUAAAUCUGGAUCCAACCCUACUGUAUAUUCUUGGUUGAACCCGGGACUUGAACAUGAGCAGGAAUGAAAUUCCUGCAGAAAUUUUAGGAACAUUGCAUUCAUGUUCAAAAGUGUGCACUUGGAAAAAUGCAGAUUUCCACCCAAAUCUACAUUUUUAUGCUUUAGCACCUGGGGGGAAAUGUGCAUUUUAGAUUGGUGAAAGUGCGCUUUUUUCAUUUGGGGAAAACCUACAUGCUUUUAAAAUGUGCAUAUUUUCUGAUAGGAAGAAUAGAAGAUGGUCAUGUUUGGGGAGGAAUUUGGAGAACUUCAGCUAGUUUGAGCAUUGCCUAUUUGCCCAUCCUUACAUGUUACAAAAGGCAUGUACAUCCAUCACAUGCAACAAAGUGCAUGUGGGAUUCAUAACAUUUCUUACACAGAAGUGACAUCAGAAAUUAAACCUGUAUGAAGUAGCUCUAAUAGCAAAGGUAAUCUUUAAGCUGCAAUUCUGGAAUAAGGCCCACUGAACUCGGUUAUGAUUUA